ACCAGUGUUGGACGGCCAACUCCAUGGGGGUUCUGGCCAUGCAGGUAUUCCUGGCCUAUGCGGCGGACACGGGCAUCUUCUGGCCCGGGGCGCGCAAGCGCAGCGCCCAGAAGCAGCUCGAGCUGCAGACCACGGCCGACAUCGCCAAGACAACGAACGCCGUCGGGCCGGCCACCCCAGGAGGAGGCCCGGCACGCCGGGAGUUCUUCCCUAACGGCGAGCUCAACCGGGAGAACCUGCUGGACUUCAUACGGGAGAUCCGCAAGCACCCCGGGCUGACGGACGAGGACGCGGCUUGCCUGGCGGCGGCCAAGCUGGCCGAGCAGCAACACCACACGCGCAUGUGGUACCGGGUGGGCGCCAUCCGGGACCUGACCGGAGGCCGCCGCACCACGCCCAGCAUCAACGAGAAACUGCAGAACAAACUCGACCAGGAGGUACGGGAGAUGUUCGCACUAGCUGCUCAGGACGAGACUGACGUAAAGGCUGCGGACGAAGUGGAGCAGGGCAAACUGCUGAAGCCCGUACCGGAACCGGAGAACAAGAACGUGGCCACCAUCGAGUUCAACGCGAGCUCGUGCGCCGUGCUCGAGAAGGCCGGCAAGGUGGACGUGAUCAUACGGCGCAAGGGAAAGCUCGACUGCCCCGCCACGUGUAGGGUCGAGACCAUCGACGGCACGGCGUUGGCGGGCGAGGACUACAUGGAGCUGCGUCAGAUGGUGAUGUUCCAGCCGGGCGAGACUCAGCGCCGCGUCACUGUGCAGAUCGUGGACGACAACCAGUGGGAGCCCGACGAGACGUUCUUCCUGCGGUUGUCCCUGCCCGCCGCCAGCGACGGAGCCGAGGUCGCCUUGGGUCGGAAGUCCGUCAUGGAGAUCACCAUCAUCGACGAUGACCAGCCCGGCAUCUUCGAGUUCCGGCGCCGGGGCUUGCUGGUCCGCGAGAGCGUGGGAACGGCCCAGGUAGCCGUGGUUCGCACCAAGGGCGCCGACGGCACGGCCUACGUGCACUGGCGCACGCGCAGCCAGACGGCCAAGGAGGGCGAGGACUUCCACGGCGGCGAGGGCAAGCUGGUGUUCGAGCACGGCGAGACGCUCAAGAACAUCGACAUCCCCAUCGUGGACGACUUCGAGGCCGAGAAGGACGAGCACUUCGAGGUCGAGCUGUUCGACGCGUCGCCCGGCUCCGGCCUGGGACACCUGACCAAGACCACCGUCACCAUCACCAGCGACGAAGAGUUCAACACCAUCGUGAACCGGUUGAUGCUGAUGACCAACACCAACGUGGACAAACUGAGGCUGCACUCCGCCAACUGGGCGGGUCAGAUAAAGGACGCCAUGAACGUCAACGGCGGCGACGUCGAGAACGCCGAGGCCGUCGAUUACGCCAUGCACUUCAUCACUUUCGGAUGGAAGGUACUCUUCUCGCUGGUGCCGCCUACGGGCUUCAUGGGCGGCUGGCUGACCUUCUUCGUGUCUUUGGCUGCCAUCGGUCUUCUGACGGCUAUCAUCGGCGAUCUGGCCGGCAUUUUCGGCUGCCUCGUAGGCCUGGAGGACACGAUUACCGCCAUCACGUUCGUCGCGCUGGGCACUUCCCUGCCCGACCUGUUCGCCUCCAAAGGUGCCGCCCGAGCGGAGAAGUACGCUGACAACGCAAUCGGAAACGUCACCGGAAGUAACUCCGUCAACGUGUUCCUGGGUCUUGGUCUGCCGUGGGUCCUGUCGGCUGCUUACUGGCAGAUAAAGGGGAGCGUCUUCAAUGUUCCCUCUGGUUCCCUCGGCUUCAGCGUGGGCAUCUACUGCGCCUUCUCGUUAACCUGCAUCGCGCUGCUCAUGCUGCGACGAAAACUGGCCUUCUUCGGCAAGGCUGAGCUGGGUGGUCCUCGAGCGGCGGCUAUCGCCAGCGCCGCCUUCAUGGUGUUCCUGUGGGUCCUCUACAUCGUCCUGUCAGCUCUGAAGACGUACAACCACAUCUGAAGGCGUACAACCACAUCUGAAGACGUACGACCACGUACAAACCACCUUGCGCUGCCUAACUAUACACGAUUUCAGUGAGAGCUCUUUGGGCUACCGCCGUUUCGGGCUGCUAAGGGAACGUUUUUUCGCUGAAGGUUCGGCUUCUCGCGACGGACUGCAUCGUUUAUUUGGAGCGCAGACGGCGUGUGACCCGGCGUGAGGUCAUCGAUUCGUUCGAGCCAUGAUCGAUUCAAUGCCGUAAAGCGUGACAGGCUUCCGCUUUAGGAUUCUGUCGACUCGCCUACAGGCGCACGUUUAGAGCAGGAAAGUUGCAUACAUUUUGCACGUUUGUUCGAAGACAAACACGGAAAUAUUUGCAGAGGCAUCGGAUAGAGACACAGGUUUUAUUUUUAAAUCAGUUUCGCAGAGCAGUUCUCGGAGGAUGUGCUGCGUCACGUCCGAGGGUGACCUGCCAUCGAGAGUUCCUCUGCUCCGUCCCCGCUUGUCGUCUACCCUUUUCAAUAUUGUCGUGUGAAUGUUUCCGCAGGCGGAUCAUGCGCUGACUAGCUGUAACGUCGUGUAUUCGUCCGCAAACUCGUACGCCGUACAUCCGCCAUUGUUUGCAUAAAGCUCGCGAUACUUUCGGUAAACACGCGCCAAGCCCUAGCAUAAAGCUGCGUACAUAUCAUAUUUCCGAUAACGUUUUACGCCAACGGUAACGACAAACGACAGAGCUGCCGUUAGCCCUUCUGCCAAGGGACGCUGAUGCCAAAUAGACUGAGUAAAGAAGUAUUUAUUGUAAGGCUCAGCCAAGCUGCUCAUACUGGCCCAGGGUGAGCAGAGGAGUGCAGAUGUGCAUAGCGAAUCAGUGUACAAAAACAUAGAAGACAGAUGGUUGAAACUACAAACAACCAGCUAUGAUUGCUUUUGUUGCACAUGCUAAUUGCGAAAAUAUUCCCACUGCCCGCCCGGCGAUGCUGAGAUGGUGGUACCUACGGUAACCAACGCUUGCUCUGGACAGAAGGAUGAAUCGAUGGAAAAUGCUUAUAGUGGAAGUUAUUGACACGCUGGCCUAUGUUAAGGAUCGCAGUGUGGACAAAAGGAAGCGCCCUGCUUUCAGGUUUGUGUAGGCUGUGGUGUGGCACCUUUAAAAUUUGUUCGGCUUUAUAUUGAUGGAGUGUUGGCGAUGUCUGAUUCACAUCUAAAUGAACACUUGAUCGGUCAUUGUUUAAGAGUUCACAAUCCUGGUACAGAUGUCAAAGUUAAACAAUAAGAACAACACCCGAAAACGUUCAGCGCGCUUGAGAGUUCUAUGAUCCAUUCGGAACAGUGAGUAAAAUGGCUGUCGACUAGCCAACGCACAUGUUAAACAGCAACCUGUGGUCAGCUGUCUACGAUGAACACCGAUUCACUAUCUAUUGAGGAAGCACAGUGACCUCUUUAAACGCAAACAUAUCGACAGUGCAUUAACCUUCAAUGAAUAGCUUUCAAGAAAUGCAUGUUGGUGAGCUUGGUGGACAGGAUAACCUGUCCUCUGCAAGCUCAGUGAGAUUGUAUUGACUUUUGACGAAGCCAUGGGCAGUGUUGGGCAGUGUUUCGGGCAGUGAUGGGCAGUAUUGUGCAGGGUUUGUUGUGCAGUGAUGGCCUUGGGCAGUGUUUCGUUGAUUGGUGAAGGGUGUAGCAUGCUAGUGUUUUUGUUGGUAGGAGGGUCACGUUGAGUUUCGACCGUUUAUCUGUUAAAUGGUUGUACCUUGCCAUGUUGUAAGAUCAUUGAUAUUAUCUGGACCUCCGACGAAAACUAUUGCAAACACACUGGGCAACUUAUUGAUGAUGUCCUUGAUGGUGCGGGUGAGAGGUUGGUGGGGUAUUGUAUGUUUUCCAUGAGGGUCCUGUUGAAAAAAACCUACCUUUUCAGUGCAAGGUCGUUGAGGUUGGGUUGAUCUUCAUCAAAAUCUGAAAGAAAUGUUUGUGUAUCCGGCGGACUGCGUAUCAGGCGUGUGGUAACAGGUUGCCGUGCGGGUGCUCGCCUAUGGGGACAUGAUAUAUUUCUGCCGAACGUAUGUUAAAGAAAUCUGCCUUUUUAUGUAAAAUAAUUGAGAAUGUGUGAAUGUUUGAUGACAUAUUUUGCAAAGAAACUUGGGCAGUGUUUCAUUGAUUUACUUGGUGGUCUAUGUGAUAGACUGUUUGUAACAGACCAGUGUGUAAGGCUUGUUGACUGUUUUCUGACCGCCUGCUGAAGGUGUACUUUUCAAGCGCUCGAUGACUGCAAGUGUGUUAAUUUCUGCCGAAAGACUGCAGGAACUCGUCAACGCACUGUUGAUAUUUUGCUGUUUGAGGGGGCCUAGUGUGUGUACCAGCUCCGACAAAGUUGGUUGAACAAGCAGAUCACAUGUCCAUGUCUGACUAGAUGCUGCAUUCCUUAGAACAGUUGUGAAACGAGUUCGCGUGCCGGCUGGAAUGAACAUUCAGUGACUGCAUUUUUCCAUUGUUCAUGCUGAAGUGUAGCAAAGCGGUAGAAAGAUUCGAAACAGUUACUCUCUUAUGAAAGAAAGUUGUCUGUACAACGUUUGUUCGCAGAGUGCAUUAAUCGCUGUGUUCAAGUUGCAGUCACAAAAUUACUGCACUUGGGAUCUACAAUGUGACAUCUGAUACGUAAGAACAAAGUGCGGCAGCUGAUUGAAUUUUAUGAUAUGUUUCUUUGGCACAUUUGUUGGGGUUCCUCUUAAUGAUCGCAAGCAAAAAAGCCACUUUUCAACAUUGCCUCACUUCAAUUCUUGUUAUAUACCUUGUAUUCUUGUCACUACAAACUCAACUUGCAGCACUUGCAACAAAAAGCUGUUUGCGCAUGCUCAACAACUGUGGAGGGGACCAUCGUGCUAUUUCGCCACACAUACCACCGCAGGCAGUGAAUGAGAUCUUGGAUGUCGACAUCCAAUGCCGUCCACAGUUAAAGGGAACAGGUAAUUGUUAUGAAAGCAAGUAUAGUUUCGGCGUCUUUUUCUUGUAGACCAAAGAAGCGUUGUCAGUAUGAUGUCUUAGGCUGAUGUCUAAUAAAAGAAAAUUAGCUUGCAAGCCAUCAUGCCAGAGCUAAACCGUAAUUAAGGCAGGAAUACUCAAUAAGUGUUCCUUCUACUUGAGCUGUGUAUCGUGCAUAUCUGACUGUGCAAGUAUAGCUUUCACGUUAUUUAAUUACGUCACUAGAGCUCUGGCUUUCAGCGUCAAUUUCACAUUAACCUAGAAAAAUAACGGUGCCAUGCUGAAGCAUCGAUUUCUUCUCUAUAAAUAUUUACACCCUUAGAGGCUUAUCUUGUCCCCAAACAAAUAAUUAUCAUCUGUGUUGCGUUCAUUUCUUUUUUUAUGCUGCGCUAUCGGUACUUUCAGCUCACGAACAUCCAUGUGAUUAUCAGCAUAACAUACAACUUUCCCGAUAGGGAAAUAGCGGAUGCAUUGUUAAAUGAGAUGUACGCAAGAUAGAAGGCGAUAAAUGUUUGGAGAACAAGAUAAGCAACAAGGUGUGUAAUCGCUUCUUUUAGUGUACCUCACUGUAAAAAAAAAGUUUACACCCUUUAGGUUGUAUCUUGUCCGCAAACAAUAAUCGUCUUCUGUCUUGCUUGCGUUUCCUGUCUUGAAAACUCGGCGUUCGCUACUUUCCUGUCGAGAAUGCAAUGUCACGUGAUAACGCGUGUGCCGUUCGUUACUCGGAAGUACCGGUCUCGCAGCGUUAAAGAAAGGAAAUGCGGACAAGACAGAUAACGAUUAUUGUCUGGGGCCAAGAAACCACCCAAAAGGUGUAAAGUUUUUUUUUAGAGUGAUAGUACUACACUCUAAGAAACAGAGUUCCAGUGACUGCUAGAGAGGGAGUAACUUCUUGUUCCAUGUUUAACUCCAUUUUUACGACAUGUGUUUACCGAUGUAAUGUGCUCACUCUUCCCAUACAGUACGUUCACUUUGCUCAUUCCAAGCGGGGAUAAUACACAGUACGAUCCAUUGUUAAGAACAACUAACUAGCAUUCGAAACAACAUAGCUUGUACGUAUCAAAUUCAGAGGACAAACGCGCUUGAUGCGGCACCGCAUGGAGACCUCUAUUGGUAAAUACUUUUAGGCGAGGCUCUCCCGUAAAAAUCGCAGCUGUAAUCACAGUUUUACUCGGUCGCGAAACACUAAUUUAGCGCUUCCCUUAACAGUGCACCAUCACGAGUGAGCCCAAGAACUCCCUAAGUGCAGAUAAAUAUGAGAGUAGUUAUUCCCACAAAAGGGAGUCAUCAAGACUCCUUUUUAAGAGUGUAUAACCGCCUCUUCCUUUUUCGGUGCCAAUUCUGUCGUGACCUGUGUCUGAAAAACUAGCUGCGCUUAUACACCUCUACUGGUCCCUAUAUAUCGUCAAUCGUCGACAUUGAUAUUCUAUUUAACGCUGUCUGUACUUCCUGGCGAGCCCAUAAUUUUAUGUAUUGUUUUGUUUCCAGUUCACAGCGCUUUAAAGGUGCAGGGUAUUUGUACACUUCAGUGCUAAAAGCGACUUCAUCGUGUAAAUAUGUGUUAUACCAUUUAUCUGUCUCUUUCCGUGUCUGUACUCGUAAAUAUUUGUUCUUUUACUUGUACCACUUCACUUUUUCUCGUAUGUUUACAGCACACUUUAUGUUCACCGGUGCAGUGGGUAGCAAUAUAAAAGGACGUAAUGCUAGAAAGUUAAAGGAUUUUGAUUCACUGGACGUUCGACAAUGCGCGUGAGUUUUAAUAACAUGCCUGGAUUACUUCAAACUCCGCAUUGGAGAAACGCGCAUAUCGCCACUUUCCGUUGGCUGUGACGUCACAUAGUGUAAUUUUACUCCUGAAUUUUAUCAUAACUGAAUUUUACCAUAGAUAUUUGCCUGAGGUGGCGUCAGUCCUGAGGUAAAUGUUUGCUCUACGUUUAGUACACAAUGCUCAAUCCUUAUUACAUAGCUCCCUGCUGCACCACAAACUUCUGGGAGCCUUUUCUUUUCCCUUUCGAGUGAGAUAUUAUGUCACCGUUACUUAAUAAGUGUUUCGUUGUAGCUUAUAAUAGAGCAGCUUACCAUUGACGUCCGAGCUAACAACGUCAAUUAAUUCCAUCUUUCAGUGAUCGCAUUACAGAACGCUCCAGUAGCGCUGCAGAUGUGCGAGAGAGCAUUCUAGCGGCAGUGAUUUGAUAUUCAGUUUUAUACCUAUGUAUAGUUCUCUACAGCCGACAAACAGGCGCUAACAACCAGCAGUUCUAAUGACGGUUUCGUACACGUGGUGAAGAAGCCUCCCGCGCAUGCGAAAGACAAACUGCAUUAGAACAGUACACUUUGACGUUUCAUGUGACGGCUGUGUUAAAAAUAAAUCACAUUUCUGAAGAAUACGACUUCAUAGAAGUAGCAUUAACGUAAUCAUGCCCUUUCUUUUGAGGAACAUGCGGCAAACAUGUCCAAGAACAAGUUUUUUCGAAGCAAACAGUGACUGUCAAGUUUAUUUGCACACUGGAGCCGGCUUCCUCCCGCAGUAAAGUUCAGUCAUUGCUCUGCGUGAUCUUCUGCAGCGCUUCUGGAGAUCUCUGGAACGACGACUCGAAGACGUCAUAUAAAUGUAUCGAUGAUUGGGUACAGCAUUUGUCAUAAGAAAAGAAGGCAUACUGCGCGCGUGACUGCUGCUAGCUGACUUUAGGACGUCUUGUCGGUCUCGAUUUACAUCGGCGAGCUCGGAUGCUCUAGAGAAGGAGACGAUCUCUCCCUCUCCAUCACAUCAUCGUUAACACAAUCUUGAGUCUUUUAUAUUCGAGUUGCACGGUGGGAUACGACGCAUGUCACAGAGCUCUUGCUAAGAAACGCUCACGGUACCACUGACUUUGUUUCUUUUGACAAAGGCUGAACCUAUUCCCCAGUGACGCACCUUUGUAAAAUGAAAGAUGGCGCCCCCUGCAGAGACGCACAAUUGUUCUAUGUACUCUCCAUUGACACAAUGUACACCACGUGUUUUAUUUUCCCUAGUUUUCGCUAAGGGCACGGAAGAACACUUGAGCGUUCACAGAUGCAUUUACAUAGCACAUGUAUAUCGCUUCAUUCAAACACGACUUUCUUGAACUAUUUAAUUUCCUUCUUCAUCAAGUUUCGUUAAAGCAGCAGUGUUCAAAUAUAUCGAUGACGUAUGGAGUAUGAUUUUUGAUGACAUUAGCGCUUUCUUGCUAGUGAACCAGUUGAACAUGGAACAGUGUGAAUCCGCAUGUGGGGCGAUAUGAUUCUGACACCUCGGAAGGAAUUCUCAUAAGCAGUUAACUUAUACUGAGGCUGCUGUUGAUGCUGUGGUCUACCCUACAUCGGGUAUCAAGCAGGAUGUACACCCAUAAACGCAUUAUUGAAGGCCACUUCAAUGCUUCCGCGCAGCGUCCAAGUAAACUGUACUUCCUUCUAUGUGCUUACGGAAAUACAAAUACGAAAAUAUAUUAUCGUGCUUUGUCGACACUGCUGAGAAAGUCGAGAGAAUGUCUUUGACAGAAGCUUUAAAUUGUAGCACCUGUUGCGAGCCUCUGACAAGUUGCCAGCUUCGCAUAUGUUGUUUGGUUCUUUCAAACACUAUUGCAACUCGUUGGCGUAGGAAUCAAAUGAGGGGUUAUUUGAUGGCUUCCGAGAUCAGACGGCACGCGACAGCAUGGUCACCCGCCGAUCUCAGAGACCAUGAUUAUUUAAUCGCACUGUCUUCUUCAGCUAAGGGGUGGUGCUUGUAGUCCACCCAGUGACGUUGUGGACGGGGCUCGAAUCGAGGUCUAUUCGGUGAAAACGGGUGUAAGUUUGUUCUUACAAUCCUGCAGAGUACUAUUCGAUGUUGAUCAAUCAUAUUUACCUUCGUUUGACUUUCCUGUGCCCCAGUUCCUUUGCAGAGUAAUCUUAUUUACAUGCAUUGCACGAACGGUGAGAGCAAGAACGACAGAUUAUUUACACCACCGCUGUGCAGCGCCGUGUUUCGGAAAGACUAUAUAUAUGAGUUGCGAAAUGGCACUGCGCACAUUAUGCGUGACUGCGUUUGCAUUAUUGUGACUUUCACCCGUGCUGUGUGGCGUCUGCGUCUUUUGUAUGCGUGAAGUGUGUUGCGUUGUGCGUUCACAAAGAAAAUAAUAAAGAUACGAACGAAUGGUGCCG